CACACACACACACACACACACACACAAGGAAGGCCUACCUGAAGUCAAUUUCUACAGGGAAAGAGUCUGUUUUCAUCUUUACUUCCUGGUCAGAGAGUGGAGGAGGAGCGCAAAAGGAGGUAAGAGAGAAGAAAUAGCCAACGCUUGGAAAGCGCGUGAAAGGCUUCCCUGGAAAAGAGAAGCUGAUAACACACUGGAAGAUGACUCUUCAGCCCCCAAAUAUGGACGAUAUCCCACCCAAUACUCUACAAAAUGAAACGGAAGAAACCAUAGAGGAAAAGCCCUCGGAGUCUAACAGAGUUCUGCUGAAAAUGGAGCCCAGUGGCCCUUCGGGAUGCAACACAAGGCUUUCCUCAGGUUCGUUUAGCAUAUCUGGCAGUUCCGAAGAUACAGAUGUGGUAAACCCAUUAGGUGAAAGGACUCCGUGUGUAACCCAAGUUACCCGGCAAUAUUCUCUCACAGAAGAGGAAAACAAUUUGCUCAACACUGCUCUAGAACAAAAAAUGAGCUCAGAGGACCAGCAAAGCCUGCACUCCUUGGAACAUCCUGAGGGAAUUAAAGAGGAAUUAGAUUCUGAUGGAAAUCUCCCGGAAACAGAGAAAGCUGGUCCUCCAGGAUGUAAUAUACCGGUAUUGCCUUCCUCAGGCGCAGAUAGUUUAUCAGACAGUUUUGCACCUGAAGAUGUAGCAGGUUCCUCGGAUGAAAGGGCUGAAUGUUCAACCCAAGUUGCCCUACAGGAUUCUCCAAUGGAAGAGAAGAACAGUUCACCCGAAACCAUCCCUCAGGAAAAAGUGAGUUCACAGAGCCAGCAAAGGGAACACUCCUUGGACGACCCUCGUGAUGCAAAAGAGAAUCUGUUGGACGAGGAAAGAGAAACAGUUGUUCAAAAGCCUGGAGGCCCUGGGGUGGAAAGAUCUUUGACUGAAGGGCACACGGGAUGCAAACCAGAGGCUGAGCCCUGGUCAGAAGAGGCAAGCCAGCAGAGCGCAAGAGAACGACCGAUGGAGCAGCAUGGUAAUGGUUUUGUGUCCUAUGGGCUUAUUCUGGGAGCUGUGGUGCUUUUGGCUGCUGUUUUCAUAGGCGCCUCUGGCUACCUCACUUCUCACACCCUGAAUGUGCCCCAAAACCCAGUUGUGGAGGCCUUCCUGUCGAGAUUUGACCCACUGAAGGAGAGCUUCCCGGGUCAGAGACCUUACCUGUGGGGACGGGUCCGGAAAGUCCUGCAGAAACACCUCAAUGCUUCCCACCACACGGAGCCAGCUAUCCUGCUCCUUGCCUCUGCUCAGGAAGGCAAAGCAACUUUGAAGUGCCUGAGCUCCCAGAUUGCCGAUACCUACUCCUCAUCCCUCGGCGGCAGCACGGUCCAGGUGGAUGGAGCAUCGAAAUCCACUCUCAGCAGCGAUAGGGCCAAGCUGGCUGUCGACGAGGAGCUCACCUCUGGCUUCCGUGGAGGGGGGAGGGCGGCCGUGGUGCAUCAGUUUGAGUCGCUGCCUGCGGCUUCCACCCUGAUCUUUUACAAGUACUGCGACCACGAGAGCGCAGCUUUCAGAGACGUGGCGCUCAUUUUGACAGUCUUGCUGGAGGAUGAGAACCUGGAGCCUAAUGUUGGCCUGCAGCUUGUGGAAGAAAACGUGCGGGACUUCCUCUCGGCCAAGUUCACAAACUCAGACAUGCCCACAUCCUACGACCACAUGGACACGGACAAACUGAGUGGGUUGUGGAGCCGCAUAUCCCACCUGGUCCUGCCAGUCUACCCAGUACAAGCCAUAGAUGAUGCUGGUUGCCCUUUGCAAACUAGAGCCCAGGGCUGAAUAAGGUGGGUUUCCGAGGAAAGCCAAAAAGCUCUGAAGGAUUUGCACCAAUCAAGGAAACUUGUUUUUUCUCUACAAGACUGUGUGAGCCAAGCAGGGGUCUAGAAGCAUUAAUGAGGAGCUGGCUGAUUUUAUAUCAAUAAUACAUUUUGAUGUUGCUAUUGAUUGACAAAAUAACAAGUAUAUUAACUGUGCUACUUCUGUAGCCAUUUCAGCAUUUGGUGAUGCAAUCAAAGGACAAUUUUAAAAAAUACUAAUGGACAGGUGGGUGGUAUUUAUCUCUUGCACAUUGCACAUCCAGAAUGUUUUUUGUCACUGAAGGAAAACAGAAUGGAUGCAGAGACCCAGGAAAUUGCCCUUAGCAAACUCUGCCCUUCUUAAAAGUUAGUUUUGAUGUCACAGUGUGCCUAAGCUUUCCGUUAUAUGGAUUAAAUCCUUGUGUGCAGGGGUGGGGAAUAUACCCUGUAAUACGUACCUGAAAUUUGGAAGCCCCCUCGUUAGCAGUUUCUAUUAACUCUUCACAAGCAAAGAAAAAGCAAUGAAUCCUACACCUGUGACCAGCCGUAAAACAGGGAAGGCUGUCUGCCCUGCAAUAUAUAUUGGCACAGGAUCAUCCUGUAUGUCUUAUUUGGUGCUGGCAGUAAAUCAAAAGCAUAGAAAGAAUACCAUAAAGAAUACAUAGAAGAAGCAAAUGGUGUUGCUUGAGCCGGCCUCAAUAUGGUUCACAUCUGUUGUACUUAUGGGGGGGAGGCCAGUACAGGCUAAACUCAGGGUACGGGGGUUCACACAGUUGAAUGCAAUAAAUCGGAAAACUCCUGAAGAAUGAUGCAACCUUAGUCCUGGGUGUGCCUUAGCCAGUUGCACAGUUUUCUUUCUUAGGUAGUGAGAUGAGUGGAAAAGCAAGUCAUGUUUGUAAGAACUGGAGAGCAUGGGUAGCUAGGGAGGGAAAUGUUGUUUUUUCAGUUUAACUGUUGAUAAUCUAGCGGUGGGGGACCCAGGUGGCGCUGUGGGUUAAACCACUGAGCCUAGGGCUUGCUGAUCAGAAGGUCGGCGGUUUGAAUCCCUGUGACGGGGUGAGCUCCCGUUGCUUGGUCCCAGCUCCUGUCAACCUAGCAGUUCGAAAGCACCUCAAAAUGCAAGUAGAUAAAUAGGAACCGCUACAGCGGGAAGGUAAACGGCGUUUCCGUGUGCUGCUCUGGUUUGCCAGAAGCGGCUUUGUCAUGCUGGCCACAUGACCUGGAAGCUGUACGCCAGCUCCCUCGGCCAAUAAUGCGAGAUGAGCACGCAACCCCAGAGUCGGUCACGACUGGACCUAAUGGUCAGGGGUCCCUUUACCUUUACCUUUAAUCUAGCAGUGAUCAUGUCCCCAGACAGUAUUGCAAGGCAGGUGUGCUAUGCGGAAACCACAGGAUGCAGAUAAAUGCAGUUGUCAUUUACCCAUGUGAAAAUGCAUCACAUUUCCAUUGAAUAAUACAUUCUUUAGAAACAAAGCUAGUCUGGAUGCAGGAGGUAAAUGCUGGAAGCAGAAAAGGGCAAAUGGUAAGUGGAGUCACGAGUGAGAGAGGGAAACUGUAGGAAGAAUUUUUUUAAAAGGACUGUGUCUUUGUAUAGGAGAAUCUCUCAGGAAGGCAAAUCUGUCUGUUCCAAAGUAACAGAGAACAAACUUCAUACCAAAAGAAGUGUCUCCUUUUUUUAAAAUCCUAGUGGAUAUUUGCUGGUAGAAUCCUGGGGCAGUAUUCAAUACGCUUUUCCACGAGCUCAAGAAUUCCUGUGGAACUCUCCCAUUUUCUCCCUGCAUGUGCCCUGCACCCUCCCAAAAUCUGCUCUGGAGGGUGGGGGGGGACCCCUAAACAGAUUCAGGGGGUGCAUGAGGAGAGGGAGGAGAAGUUCUGUCAAACAGCCCAAAGUCCUUGUGCUGAUGGAACUAGUUCAUUGAAUACCACCUGCUAUAGGUGCUAGCUGGUUCCAUAGCUUGAGUUCCAUCAGCACCCACCAUCCAAUCUUAUUUCAAACAUAUUUCACCCCUGUAUUAACUGCUACAUUAGUUGCUUCACAUCUGCACCAUUUGCACUCACAAGUGCCAUCCUACAUAUGUCUACUUAGAAGCAAGUCCCAGUAUAUUCAGUGGAGCUUAUUUCCAGGAAAGGAUGCAUAAGAUAAAAAAAACGUUCUUUCCUUCUGUUACCUGGCUUUGUCUCCUGGGAAACAAAGGGUAUGUCCAACAUUAGACAUACCCAGAGUAACCCACGGGAAUUCCUGAACACGACUAACUUAAGUUCAUUAAUUUCAGUGAGUGUAACUUGGUUGGAUACAACCCGACUAUUGUCUCCUCGCUUGCAGUAGAAAGGAGAACCAUCACAGAUCAUUAAGACUGUGCAUGCUGCUUUCUUUAAAGGUCCAAAUAGCUUGAAUCCAGCUGUUUUGUGUCUCCAAUCUAGAGUUGUUCAGAAGGCAAGUUCAGGUUCUUGGCUUACUCAUUAUUUUUGAUUUAAAGUAGAACAUGGAAUUGCAGUCUGAAGGAGCCACACUUGCGAAUAGCAUUGCCAACCUAACAGGAGUUUGAACUGUAGCAACAAGCACAUCCAUCCUGUAAAAAACUGCCUUCCGAUGUCUGCAAAUCAUGCUGCUGGUGGAGGCACAAAAGCACCUAGGUUUUGAUCAGUUGGCAACACUACUGGGCAGCAAAUAAAGAAGUACAAUUAAUGUGUCAUUUUAAGUAACACUGAAAAUCUAGUCAAAUAAAUAUGAGCUAAUAAAGGAUAAGAAUGAAGUGCACUAAAAAUAUUUUUGAUCUUUGUGUGAAAUAAAAUUCAAAGUGGAA